UUUUGUGGGUCGCCGUCUAUAAAAAACCGUCAAAGGAAACCGUUACUUCUCAAUCUCAACACUACUACCCCAUAUUGUUUCUCUAUUCUCUCAUCUCUCCUUCCCCUCUUCUCUCUCAAUAUAUUGUUGAAACGAAUCGAAUGCUUUGUGAUCUCUUGAAACUCUCUGAUACAUUUCAAGUUUGAUCUUUGUCUAAUUUUCAUUUGAUCACCUUCGAUAGUUUUUGAAUUAGUUCACUGUAGGAUCCAUUUACAAAGAUGUUCGUGAAGAAGCUGGUCGAGAAAGCAGGGAAGAAGCCUGGAGGAAGCCCAUCGGAAGGGCUGAGAGCUAAUGACGUUGAGCCACGUGUCGUGUUACACUAUGGAAUUCCAUCAGGAGCUCACUUGUUUGCUUAUGAUCCGGUUCAGAAGAUUCUCGCUGUUUCCACCAAGGAUGGUAGAAUCAAGUUGUUCGGGAAAAAUCAGACUCAGGCAUUACUAGUGUCAGAAGAAGCAUCCACAAGCAAGUUUAUUGAGUUUGUUCAGAACCAAGGACUUCUUCUCAAUGUGAAUUCCAAAAACCAGAUUGAAGUUUGGGACUUGGAGAAGAAGCUUAUGUCUCAUGUUCAUGUAUUCAACGGCGAGAUCACAUCUCUCAGGGUUAUGCAACAUACACCUUACUUUUAUGUUGGAGACUCUUCUGGUAAUGUAUCAGUGUUGAAGAUCGAUCAAGACUCUAAUCAAGUGAUACAAAUGGAUUACACUAUACCUUAUCUAGCAUCAAAUGGCUCUCCAGUUGAAGCUUCUGAUGAUACUUCAGUUGUGAGCAUUCUACCACAGCCAACAGCUGAAACCAAAAGGAUUCUACUGGUGUUUAGUAGCGGGUUUAUCACAUUAUGGGACAUCAAAGAAAGCAAACCGGUUCUCAAAACAGGAGGAAACGGUAUGGUAAAGCAAGAAGCAAAGAAAGCCACUUGUGCUUGUUGGGUUUGCCCUUCAGGAAGCAAAGUAGCAGUUGGAUAUAGCAAUGGAGACAUUCUAAUAUGGAGCAUGACAGAGAGUUUUUCCAUGGUUUGCAAGCUUAACCUCGGAUACAAAGCCGAGAAGACACCGAUAAAUUCUCUAAAAUGGGUCUACGCUGAAGGGAAAGCAAGCAGAGUUUACGCCACUGGAUCAUCCUCAAACUCCUUGCAAGUGGUUUUACUUAACGACCAAACCGAAGUUAAGAUGGUUAAGCUGGGGCUUCAUGUCUCUGAGCCUUGUGUUGGCAUGGAGAUGAUCAUGGCUGAUGCUAAACAAGAUUCUCUCCUUGUUCUUGGAAAGUCUGGACGUGUGUAUGCCUACGAUGAUUAUAUGAUUGAGAAGUAUCUAAUUCAAUCUCAGUCCAAGUCACCUCCUUCUCUCCCUAAGGAGAGUGUGGUCAAGCUGGCGUUUUCAGAUUCUUGCAGUGGUGUUACAGUGGGAAAGUUUCUUACAAACUCUUCACACUUGCUGAAUCUCUCUGACGAGGAUUAUGCUCAGCUGGCGAAAGAUACUGCGCCGUUUCUUCCUUCUCAGAUAGUUUCAAAGGAAGCUUCUCGUUCUGCUCAUUUUCCUGGUUUCACCAAAGUUAAGAAUGUUUACAUCACGGGACAUAGUGAUGGAAGCAUUGGUGUAUGGGACAUGUCCUGUCCUUUUCUCGUUCCUGUCUUGUUCCUGAAAGAACAGGCUGAUCAAGAUAUAUCAUCACGUGGAACUGCUGCAUUAACAGCUUUGCAUUUCGACAGCAACUCAAGGCUUCUUGUCUCUGGUGAUCAGAACGGAAUGGUUCGCCUUUAUAGGUUCAAACCUGAGCCAUACCUAACAGAAAACAGUUUCAUCCCUUUCCAAGGAAGCUCAAAGAAAGGGAAUAACCAUAUUGUUCAUAGUGUCAAGCACAUAAAGCUCACUGGCUCCAUAACAUGUAUUCAGAAAAGCCAAAACUCAAAACAUCUCGCUAUCGGAUCAGAUCAAGGACAUGUUUCUCUGGUUGACGUUGAGGAAGCAACUGUGUUAUAUACAAAACACAUUGCUAGUGAUAUCUGUCCAGGGAUCACCUCCUUGCAGUUUGAGAGCUGCAGUGUGCAAGGCUUCGAGAAGAACGUGUUGGUGGUUGCUAUGAGGGACUCGUCUGUUUUUUCUUUGGAUAGUGACACAGGGAACAUGAUUGGAACCAACAUGGUUAAGCCUAAAAAGCCAUUCAAGGCUCUGUUCAUGCAGAUUCUAGAUGGAAAACAAGACUCUUCAGGAAAUGGAGAGAGCAUAGUUGAGGAUGUUUCGACAAGGCAGCCUUCGGUUUUGCUUUGUUCUGAGAAAGCUGUAUACAUCUACCCAUUGUCUCAAGUUGUCCAGGGAGUGAAGAAGGUUCUUCACAAGAAAAAGUUUAGUUCUCCAUCCAUUUGCUCAGCUUCUACCUUCUAUGGAACCUCUGGUGUUGGCCUUAUACUUGUCUUCUCUGAUGGAACUGUUGAGAUAAGGUCUUUGCCAGAACUAUCUCUACUAAAACAAAUUUCCAUUAGAGGCUUCACAUACUCUUCACCAAAGCAAAACUCAUUACCAGAGAUUACCAUAUCUGCUUCAUGGGAUGGAGAUCUAGUCAUGGUGAAUGGAGACGAUGAACUUAUUGUCAGCUCAGUGUUACCUCAGAAGGAAACAUUUAGGCUAGUUGAGUCAUUGAGCAGAGUUUACAAGAAAGAUAAUGCGGUUUGUCAGGAUGGAACCACUGCAUCAGCUGUUGCGUCAUCUCCAAAGGAAAAGAAGGGUAUGUUUGGUUCUGUCUUCAAGACUAAACCCAAGCGUGCAGCUGAUACAGAAACAACAGAAAGCACCAAGGAAACUAUUGAGGACCUUUCUAAGAUCUUCACCACAGCUAAUUUCCCGUGGAACAACAAUGUUGAGCGUAGUAGAGAGAGCAAUGUAGUUACCAGAGUUGGCGACGAAGAAGAGUUGGACAUAGAUGACAUUGACAUCGAGGAUGAUGAUCAUCAUCAACAACAAGAGCUGCCUAAAGAACAAGGGAUACUGUCAGGGAUUAGUAAACAGAAGCUGGCGAGUAAGUUUACGAGCUUCAAAGGUAAGCUGAAGCAGAUGACGGCUAAGAGUGAGAAGAGUGUUGUGACCAAUGAUGAGAAGCACGAGGAGAAGAGCGGCGCAUCAGUCGACCAGAUCAAGAAGAAGUACGGUUUUGCUUCUUCGUCCGAGGAAAUGGGAGCUGCUAAAAUGGCUCAGAGCAAACUUCAAGACAACCUGAAGAAGCUACAGGGAAUCAGCAUGAAGACGACGGAGAUGGAAGAUACUGCAAAGUCUUUCUCCUCUACGGCUAAAGAACUGUUGAACGCUGUUGAGUUCAACAAACAGAGCUCAAAAACUUAGCACUCUCUUUUCUCUUGUUCUAUUCAUAUUUCUUAAAGAACUCAGAAUGUGACAAGUACCAUUUGUUGGACUAUAUUUAUUGAUGUAGAUAGCUUCUCUAAAGUUUUAUACUACACCUGCAAGGAGUUUUUU